UUUCACAGGUAAACUAUUAUUACAAGGAUUUUAUGAAGUUUAUGAUUACUGCAUAAAGUUUCUGAACACGAGCCAGCCAGGUGACAUGGUUUCCAUUUCUUAUGUACUGCAGUCAGCUCAGCACCAAAGCAUUCUGAAGAAAUGUUUCCCAGUGGUGCUCUGCUGUCUCUACCUGCUCUUCAGAACCGGAGGGAAGGAUCAUUAUUCUCAGCUCAUCUUGUUAGGCCUGAUUUUCUCCUUGGGAGGUGAUGCCUGUCUCAUUUACCCUAACCUAUUCAUUCCAGGGAUGGCGUUGUUUGCUGGUGCUCACGUGUGUUACAUCUUGGCUUUCGGAUGGCACCCCUUAAAUUGGACUUACCUUCUUUUCAUCCUGCCUCUUGAAGGAAUUGUUUGUGCAAUACUUUUACCCAAUCUGGAUGAGAAACAGAAGAUCUUUGUUCCCAUUUAUAUGAUGUUACUUGGCACCAUGGUUUGGAGGGCCGUCAGCCGAAAAUAUGAUUCUGCCAGCGGACGCUAUAGUGCCAUAGGAGGUGUGAGUUUUAUGGUGUCAGACUGCGUGAUUGGGCUUGACACGUUUGUUCAGCACGUGUCCUGGUCCAGUGUAUUCAUCAUGACAUCCUAUUACAUUGCCCAAAUUCUCAUCACUCUCUCAGCCACAGAAUUGUAAGCUAUAAAUACCAAAAAGUCCAGUUAACUAAAUGUACCUUUACAAAACGUUUUAAAGUCCCAAUAGCACAAGAUGUUAUUAAAUCAAACUUCUCAAGUGUAUAAAGCAGAUUAAAACAAAUGUUCUUAAAAACUAAACAUUUUAGAUGUUAAGUCUAUCUAUCUUUCUAUCUAUAAAGCUCUUUUCACUUUAAUGGACACAACCUAGAUGGAGAACAAAGGUUAAGGUAAAAACUACAACUUAUUAAGAAUUAAGGCAGAACAAUUCAGAAAGCCGUCACCAUUUAACAUGCCCUGGAUCAACAUCAAACUGUUGGCUGAGUCUCCUUUAUGAUGGAUGCUGCCCAUUUUACACAGAACAAGAAAUGUGUUUUUCCAAUAUCUCUCAUUUAGCGCAUUCACAUGCUCUUUUCCUUUGGACAAAUUGAUGUUCUCCUAAUUUCUUUAUCCUACUGUCACAUUAGAUUUAAAUGUUCAGGCUUAUUGCAUGCCGUUAUUAUAUUACUUAAGUAUGAUGCAUACUGUUAUGGAAGAUUAUUAGUGCCAAAAUUAAAUGCAAUCCAACAUGUUAACUACAUUGAAAUGCAAUACUUAUCCAAAUGGGACUUUUGAUUUUGUUUAGUUUGAUCAUGUCAUAUUUAAAAAUGAUUAACUGCUUUUCACUACAGUAUGCAAUUUUAUUGUCAGUUUAAUAUUUCAUUUUAAUUCAAGUCUACUAAUUGCAUGUUAUGAUUAAAAGCAAAGAAGACAUAUUGCAUUUCGCUUAGCGGCAGCUUUGCAUGUAUUGUAUUCAAUUCGAGACCAGGCUUUAAUUGGGCCAAAGCUAAAAGUCAUCAUAUGACCUAUUAGCAUGAAAAGGUGGGGUAAGGGGUGUCAACAGUUAGGAAAAGAGGUGUUCAACUUCUAAACGUUUCUGUAUUCUUGUGAGGAGCACAAGUUUAGUCAAUAUGGACUGUGGAGCGGUUAACUGAAAUGGUGAAAUAUAUGUUCUAGGUCUCAGUGAAAAAGUUUACUCUUUUGUUAAGUUACCUCAUUUUUUUUAUAUACAUGUUAAAUUAAGCAGUGCAGUUAAAUUUUUGAGGUGUGGGUUGUUACCAAUUUUAACUAAAUAAUAAAUAUAGUGAAACAUUUGUUAGUAUCACUGUACUUGUUUUUUUUUUGUAUCUUUUAAUUCAUACCGUCUUUGAUAACCUCAUAUUAUAUGGUGUGGCCAGAGAUCGCCCAACCCCAGACACAACUUCACAGACACAAGUCCUCUUAAAAUAAAAAUGGUUUAUUUUACAGCUACCUUCAACAAAGGUUGCAGAAGUGCAAUAAACACAAAUCUUUCUAUGCUCUCUCUUCCUUCUCUUCUCCUCUACACCUCACAGGCAAACUUUGUCCACUUCUACCUGACUCUGCCUCACCUGGAUGAAGUCAAGCGGCUUCUUUUAUAUAGGACCUGGGAGGACUUCCAUUGCUAGGGCAUAGCCCAAUGGAAGCACUUCCGGGUCAAACAGAAGUCCCAUAAAGCAGGGAUGGAAAAUCCCUGCAGCACCCCUUAGCAGCCCCCACAAAACUCAACAAGGCUGUUCUACAGCACUGCAAUAAACAGAGGCAACACUGUCUAAGGAAGCGAUCUCCAAAUGUCUCUGUGGAGCCUGUAGUUCUGCCAGGUUAUCUCCCCCUGUCCUUCCAAUAUAGUGGUCACCCGGCUGGGUAUUGUUCCUGGGUCCAACCCAGUCAGGAUGCCCACGUGCCCACAAUCCUGUUGAUGCCUUUUGCCUACUUUAAUGAGUGAUUUGCUCUGUUUCUUGUGCCGUCAUGAGGCUGACCUCCUGUCCUGUUAAGGGACCAUGCUGCAUCCUGGCUAGGACACCAACACAUGUGCGCCGUCCAUCACAAUCGUUUUUCCAUCCUUUUGACACGCUAUUAUCAAGUACAACACACUCAUGAUGGGAACACCUCUUUCUCCAACUGUUGACGCCCAUUGCCCCACCUUUUGAUGCUGAUUGGUCAGUUGAUUACUUGUAGUUUUGGCACAAUUAAAGCAUGGUCUCAAAUCAAAAUGCAAUACACGCAAAGGUACCACUAAGUAAAAUGCUUUACUUUUAAUUAUGACUCUAAUUACGAUGCAAUUUUUCCCCAAAACAUAUGCUCUUCACUUUAAGGUUAAGUAAUUUAUACUUGACUUUAGAUAACCUCACCAAGCUCUGACUCCCCAUUAAAUUAGUAAGCUUUGCAUCAGUUCUUCAUUGCGGAAUCAAUGAGUAGUCUCUUUGGAGCCAGUGAUUCGGACCAAAUAUAUCUAAUAGUAUAUAAUGUAUCAUUUUAAAUUAUGUACAUAUUCAGUAUCUUCUCUGUGAGCUAUGAUAUGAGAGCGAUUAUAGAACUUAAGUAUAACAAAGAUCUCCUACUCUGUAAACAGCAAUGAAAUAAACUGGAAUGGUAUGUGGUA